CACACCAAGUUUGCUUCGCUUUCAAACGAGCCAGGUCGGUGGUUCAGUGCGAUUCCUCGUUUAUUCUCGAGUGGUCGCUCAACGUUUCCUUUUUAUUAAAUAUCUAACAUUAUCUUUAAAAGUGAGAUUGAGUCUUGAACAGACAUGUUGAGGAGUCUGGUGUUGGUGGCGGUUUUCGCCGUCGCUUUUGCCGAAGACUUGCAACUGGUGCUGUUGCACAACAACGACAUGCACUCCAGGUUCGAGGAGACGUCCAGAAAUUCCGGAACAUGUCCUGAAGAUCAGAAAAACAUCAGCUGUUACGGAGGUUUUGCCCGUACCGGGCACAUAAUCAGGCAAUUUAGGGAACAGGCGCAAAAAGGAAAUAUCCCGAACGUCCUGUACCUGAACGCAGGCGACAUUUACACCGGCACGUCUUGGUACAGCGUCCACAAAUGGAAGAUCUGCGCCGACUUUAUGAAUAUACUGAAGCCAGACGCCAUGUCGUUGGGAAAUCACGAAUUCGACAGCGGACCCCGAGGACUUCUGCCAUUCCUGCAGGCGGUAAACUUUCCCGUUCUGGCGGCCAAUUUGGAGCUAAGCAACGAACCGGAAUUGAAAAUCGUUAAAAAAUCAGUUGUCUUGGACGUAAAUGGAGUACAAGUCGGGGUCAUCGGUUAUUUAACACCUGACACUGUCCAAAUAUCUCAAACGCGCGGGGUCAUUUUCCAAUCUGAAGUCUCAGCUUUGACGAAAGAGAGCGAGAGAUUGGACAAAGAGGGAGUGAAGAUCAUCAUUGCUCUGGGACAUUCGGGCUUUCUGAUGGACCAAGAAAUUGCCCGGAAGGUGCCGCUGGUCGAUGUGGUGAUUGGUGGACAUACCAACACAUUCCAGUGGACUGGAACACCUCCAGACAUUGAAAAACCUGAAGAUAUGUACCCCAAGAUAAUUAUCCAAAAGUCUGGCAAAAAAGUACCUGUGGUACAAGCUUAUGCUUACACUAAAUAUAUGGGUGUAUUGAACACGACCUUCAACAGCAACGGAGAUUUGGUCAACUUUGUUGGACAACCAAUUUUAUUAGACCACACUAUUCCGCAGGAUCAAGACAUUUUAAACAAUUUGGAUCGAUACAGGGAAGAAAUCAAUCAACUGAGCAAGAUGGUGAUAGCCACGACAAAAGUACUGUUGGACGGUAACGCCAAUGUUUGUAGACAAAUGGAGUGCAAUUUCGGCAACCUACUUGCCGACGCUUUGGUGCAAUACGUUGCGUCCUUAACCUCCGGCAAGUUUUGGACGAAAGCUCCCAUAGGUUUGGUCAACGGUGGGGGAAUCAGGAACAGCAUAGAGCCGGGAAACAUCACCAGGGCUGAACUGAUUGGAGUCAUGCCGUUCGAUAACAGGAUCGUAACGUUAGAAUUAACGGGGGCUGAUUUGUUGAAAACAUUAGAAAUUGGUGCUAGGAGUAACGGGGAGACUUCCAUGGGUGAGUUUUUGCAAGUUUCCGGAUUGAAAUACACUGUUGACAGACGACAGCCCCCAAUGUCCAGGAUUGUACACGCUGAAGCGAGAUGCAGUGAUUGUUUAAUACCCAGGUACAAAACUGUGGAUCCGAAACAAAAUUACACUGUGGUCACGUUCAGUUUCUUGUCGGAAGGGGGUGACGGGCAUACCAUUUUAAAAGAAAAAGGUUUUAACAAGCGCAUUGAAGACUUAAACGAUGUUGAUAUGGUACACUGGUACUUGAAGAAGUACAGCCCGGUUUAUCCAGAAGUUCAAGGACGGAUUACGAUAAUUGAAAAGGACGUUCCAGAUUCAGGUUGCGCCCUUAUACAGGUCAAUUUUAAUGUUUUAUUUAUCUUAAUUAUAAUGAUGCUUACUUUUGUUAACUUUAUUUCGUAAGGUGUUAUCAAUAAACUUAGUGUCUGUGAUUUUCAACCUGUACAAUUUGUAAGACACCAAAAAUUAAUUCCAAUAAAGUGUAUGAUAAUAAUUAUACUGCA